GCCCCCAGACGGAAGGGGGCGGUGCUUGAGGUCUCGGCAGCCAAUGGGCGGAGGCAGGUGCGGGGCGGUGCAGCCCAUGGGCGGGGCCGAGUGCGCGGCGCGGCGCGGCGGCGAGAUGGCGGCGGCCGCGGCUGCGGAGUCGGGCCCCAGGCGCGUGGGCUUCGUGGGCGCGGGCCGCAUGGCGGAGGCCAUCGCACAGGGCCUCAUCCAAGCAGGAAAGGUGGAGGCUCGGCACGUGCUGGCCAGCGCACCGACAGACAGGAACCUCUGCCGUUUCCAGGCCCUGGGCUGCCAGACCACCCACUCCAACCAGGAGGUGCUGCAGAACUGCUCUCUCGUCUUCUUUGCCACCAAGCCGCACAUCCUGCCGGCUGUCCUGGUGGAGGUGGCUCCCGUGGUCACCGCUGAGCACAUCUUGGUGUCCGUGGCUGCCGGGGUCUCUCUGAGCACCCUGGAGGAGCUGCUGCCCCCGACAGCACGGGUGCUGCGGGUCUCGCCCAACCUGCCCUGCGUGGUCCAGGAGGGCGCCACUGUGAUGGCGCGGGGCCGCCACGCUGGGAGCGGCGAGGCUGGGCUCCUGCGGACCCUGCUGGAAGCCUGCGGGCAGUGCGAGGAGGUGCCCGAGGCCCAGGUGGACGUCCACACCGGCCUCAGCGGCAGCGGCGUGGCCUUUGUGUGCGCCUUCUCAGAGGCCUUGGCGGACGGUGCCAUGAAGAUGGGCAUGCCCGCUGGCCUGGCCCACCGCAUUGCCGCCCAGACCCUGCUGGGCACAGCCAAGAUGCUUCUGCAGAAGGGGCAGCACCCAGCUGAGCUGCGGACCGACGUGUGCACGCCGGGCGGCACCACCAUCUACGGGCUGCACGCGCUGGAGCGGGGCGGGCUGCGGGCAGCGGCCAUGAGCGCCGUGGAGGCCGCCACCUGCCGGGCCCGGGAGCUCAGCAGGAAGUAAGGCGCAGCGCUGGGUGCAGGCCACGGCCAUCCCCGGCUCCUUCCCGAGGACUUGGGUUCUCUCCAGGCUGCAGGCUGGUGGAAGAGCUGCUUGAGGGCUGGCAGGGUGAGUGGAAGACGGGUCCUGGCCAGCGGGGAACACAGGGGAGUGUGGGCCCCCCCGGCCCCUGAGCUCCUGGUAGGUGGCAGGUGGAGCUGGUCCCGGUGACCCUGCCCUGGGUCGAGAGUCCUGGAGGGGCCCGUGGCCUGGCCUCUGUCUGUAGGAUUUGGUUCUUAGCAUGUCCAUGAAGGGACCGACAGACCAGGAAAGCCAGCAACUUGGGGCCCUAAAAAGGGACCCCAGACAUGAGGCCUCUGGAAGGGGGCAGGCUGCAUGUAGCCCCAGGCUCAUGGGGGCCUCCCCAUGCCUCACAGGCCUGAGUGCUGGAGCCCCUUCCUUCCACCCACCAGCUGUGAGGCUUGCAGCAAAGUGAUCUCCUGUCUGUAAGCAGGGCUAAGGCACCUUCAUGGCAGCCUCCCCCUGGCUGCCCUCCCCCCGCACAGCCCCUCCCUCCCCUCCCCCUCAUUCCAGCCUUUAUCCGGCGGGCAGCUGGCUUGCAGCCGGUGAUUGCUUGUCUGACCCUGGCCCUUUCCCUGCUGGAAGGCUAGGCUGAGUCCAUUUCUGCAUGUUUUUUUGUUUGUUUUUUCACUUUUGAAAUGGGAAUAAAGACACUGUCCUGUA